AGCCACAUUCACCAUGAGUUUCUGCAGGAGCCCGGGGGCACCCCUGUCCUCUGGGGGGCACCCCGUGGAGGAAGCCCGGGCCACGGCCCCCCGGGAGCUGGAGGUGGUGCUCCUUAAGGAGCAGAAUGGGGUGCAGCUCACUCACUCCACACUGACCAGCCCCCCGCACACCCCUGGGGAGCCCCAGGAGCGCGAGACCUGGGGCAAGAAGAUGGACUUUCUGCUGUCUGUCAUCGGCUUCGCAGUAGACCUGGCCAAUGUGUGGCGCUUCCCCUACCUUUGCUACAAGAACGGCGGCGGUGCCUUCCUGGUCCCCUACCUGCUCUUCAUGGUCAUCGCUGGGAUGCCACUGUUCUACAUGGAGUUGGCUCUAGGGCAGUUCAACAGGGCGGGGGCUGCCGGCGUCUGGAAGAUCUGCCCCCUCCUGAAAGGCGUGGGCUUCACGGUCAUCCUCAUCUCGUUGUAUGUGGGCUUCUUCUACAACGUGGUCAUUGCCUGGGCACUGCACUACUUCCUGUCGUCCUUCACGCUCGAGCUGCCCUGGACCAGCUGCAACCACACCUGGAACAGCCCCGCCUGCCUGGACACCCAGGGGAGUCCCAACCGCAGCUCCCACACCUCUCCUGCUGCAGAGUACUUUGAGAGGGGUGUCCUUCACUUGCACAAGAGCCAUGGCCUGGAUGACCUGGGCCCCCCAGACUGGCAGCUGACCGGCUGCCUGGUAGUGGUCAUUGUGCUGCUGUACUUCAGCCUGUGGAAGGGGGUGAAGACCUCGGGCAAGGUGGUGUGGGUGACGGCCACGCUGCCCUACGUGGUGCUCCUGGCCCUGCUGCUGCGGGGGGUCACGCUGCCGGGCGCCCUGGACGGCAUCCGUGCCUACCUCAGCGUGGACUUCCGCCGGCUCUGUGAGGCCUCGGUCUGGAUCGAUGCUGCCACCCAGAUCUGCUUCUCGCUGGGCGUGGGGUUUGGGGUGCUGAUUGCUUUCUCCAGCUACAACCAGUUCACCAAUAACUGCUACCGGGACGCCAUCAUCACCACGUCUGUGAACUCGCUGACCAGCUUCUCGUCCGGCUUUGUGGUUUUCUCUUUCCUGGGCUACGUGGCCCAGAAACACCGCGUGCCCAUCAGCGCCGUGGCCACAGACGGUCCAGGGCUCAUCUUCAUAGUCUACCCAGAGGCCCUGGCCACCCUGCCACUGUCCUCUGCCUGGGCUGUCGUCUUCUUCAUCAUGCUGCUGACUCUGGGCAUUGACAGUGCCAUGGGUGGCAUGGAGUCCGUGGUCACGGGCCUGGUGGAUGAGUUCCGACUGCUGCGCCGUCACCGUGAGCUCUUCACGCUGCUGGUCGUGGGGGCCACCUUCCUGCUGUCCCUCUUGUGUGUUACCAACGGCGGCAUCUAUGUCUUCACACUGCUGGACCACUUUGCGGCCGGGACGUCCAUCCUGUUCGGGGUCCUGGUUGAAGUCAUCGGCGUGGCCUGGUUCUAUGGAGCACAGCAGUUCAGUGACGACAUCAAACUCAUGACCGGGCAGCGGCCGAGCCUCUACUGGCGUCUGUGCUGGAAGCUGGUUAGCCCCUGCUUCCUGCUGUUCGUGGUGGUGGUGAGCAUCUCUACCUUCCGGCCCCCGCACUAUGGCUCCUACAUCUUCCCCGCCUGGGCCAACGCUGUGGGCUGGGCCAUCGCCGCCUCCUCCAUGGCCAUGGUGCCCGUGUACGCUGCCUACAAGCUGUGCAGCCUGCCCGGCUCCCUGCGUGAGAAGCUGGCCUACGCCAUCACACCGGAGAGAGAGCACCCGCAGGUGGACAGCGGGGAGGUGCGCCAGUUCACGCUACAACACUGGCUGAUGGUGUAGCGUGGAUGGCAGACACCCCAGGACCGUCCUCCGUGCCAUCUCCGUGAUGCCAGCCCUCUCCCCUGGUCACACCCAGCCUGUCCCCUGCCGCCGCCCCUUGCCGGCUGGGGACAAGGUCACAGCACGGCCACGGUGCAUCGAGCCAGUCCACAGAACCUUCUGGGCCAAGGAGCCGGCUCCCCUGUUGCUGGCUGGGCCCCGGCCCCUGGCGGCGUGGGCGGCAUGAGGGGGCAAUGCUCCCCCCUGCAGCCUCGAGGACACCGGACACAGCUGCCCACUGAGCUUCCUUGCUAUGGACCCCAGACCACAGGAGAUGACCGUCCCCAAGCCAGAGGGUCCCCCCCUGGCUCCAGCAGGUCGCCCGGCCCCCGGGACCUCAGCCCCUGCCGGUGGUGUCCACUCUCGUGGCAUGCGAGGAGAAAGCCAGAUGGGCAGCUGUGGCAAGGACUCCUCAUGGGGCAGGGACGAACAGGUGCUGGGCCCCUGUCCCUCGCCAGGCCAGAAUGAGGCCACCAACCCGCUGACCUGGCCCCCUCAGACACCCGUGUUGUCCCUGUCUGUCUGUCCGAGCGUCUUGUGCAGGUCACUCAACAAUAAAGAAACUGGAGAUGCUG